GAUUCCCUGAACAACAACAACAGUGGCUGCAACGUGGCUCCCCCCCUGCAGCGGGCCACCUGGCAAGAGACGCUGCUGCACUCCUCGUCUUCCUCCUCCUCCUCCUCCUCCUCCGCCUCCCACGCAGAGCGACCGUCUCCCUUGCACGCCUGUCUCCAGGAUGGACCCUGCAGGGACAUCCAGAGCAGCCAAGGGCCGGCUGUGUCCCAGGCCCCUUGCAAGCCCCCACUUUUCGAUGCCGAGGGCAACAGCCAGGGUCUGCAGAGAGGCCCCCCUACGGGGGAGGAUUAUAACAUGAACGUCGUCUCCAGUGAGGUCGGCCUGCAGCCUCCUCCCGCCUUGGCCAGCGCAGCAUCUGGGAAGCCUCCGGAAGCUCGGAGCAGCCCUCUGCCCCUCAGUUCGGCCUCCCAGCCCCACAGCCGCAGCCCUCACGGGUCCCCUGCCACAGAGAACUACUGUGCCCAGUUUCAGAGGGAUGCUGUGGUGUGCCAGGAGAAAGAGGAGAGAGCCGGCUCGGCUGGGGACCCAGCAGGGCACAGAUCCCCCAUGGGUGGGGUCUCUCAGGACGAGCCUACCAAGCCCCCCAGGGAUGGAGCGCCUGGAGAGUCCCUAGAACCCCAGGCAAGCCCCGUACGAGAAGCGGCUGCCCCCCUGAGCUCCGAGGGAGAGGGCAGUUUGCGAGGGCUGCCCUCUGCCUCCUCCGAUACCACAUCUCCCUCCUCGGACCCCGGCAUAGAGGCCGAUCUCACCAGCCGGACCUCCAAGGCCUUCUCCUCCCGCAUCCAGCACAGCGAGGACCUCAGCUCCCCCAGCUCCGACUCCGAUGUGGAGCGGGAAAUCGAGGCAGCCUUUGCGUCUAACGGGAGCCGCUUGGCUAGCAACAUGAUCUCCAGCAUCUCCGAAACGGAGCUGGACGUGAGCAGCGAGAGCAGCAGUGGCCGUUCCUCCCACUUGACCAAUUCCAUCGAGGAGGCCAGCUCCCCGGGCUCUGAGGCCGACCUGGAUGCGGACCUGGACGCCCCGGGCGUGAUGGGCCUGAAGGAUGCCCUCCUGCUGGAUGCCAAGAAGGAAGAGGAGGGCACGCGGCUGCCCACAGAGGAGAGCCUGGCCCCCCUCAAAAUAGAGGAGUUCUACGAAGACCCCUCGGUGCCCGUCGACCAGAUGGAGCUUCCUCCUUCGAGCUGCCUGGAGCUGGAGAUCAACCCCGACCACAGUCUGGAAAGCCUGCGGCGGUCCUUCUACCUGCCGGUGGGGCGUCAGCUCCUGCGCGAUGGGGCGGAAGAGGAAGGGAACAGCGAGUACGAUUCUGAAUCGGACUCGGAGUCGGAACCCGACCUGAGUGAGGAUUCGGACUCUCCGUGGCUGCUCAGCAACCUGGUGAACAAAAUGAUCUCGGAGGGCUCCUAUCCCAUCAAGUGUGCCGAUGAAUGCUUCCCGGCUGCUCCCUCCCUCUCUGACACCAUUUCUCCGGCCUCCGACUUGGAGCCAGAGAUGCCCAGCGAGGCCCUGAAUGACGCCCAGCCCCGCUCCCAGCAGAGCAUCGAGCUGGUGGACAUGGAGACGCUGCGCUGCUCGCUGCAGGGGGCUGAGGAGGAGAAGCCACUGGGGGCCCAGCCUGCAGUGGAGAAGGGCCCUCAGGUGGGCCACAUGGGGCCCUACCUGCUCAUGAGCAACUCCACCCAUGACGUCAUCGCGCCCGUCUUCCCAGGGCGGCCCUACUCUGGCUGCUGCCUCAACCCUGUUGCCACCAAAACCUUCCCCCCCAGGGAGCCCCCUGGCAAGGCUGACCCAGCUACAGAGGAAGAGGAGGAGGAGGAAGAGGAGGGGGCCAUCGAUGGGGACCUGGACUCGGGCAUCUUGGAGGACAACGAUAUGAUCGACGACAUCCGGUUAGAACCCAAGGAAGGCCUGGAUGUCUCCACCGCCAAGACCAACCGCUGCUUCAGCCUCUCCUACUCCCCCGAGGAGGACGCGGUAUCCUGCCUGGGCAGCCUGAAAGGGUCCCCUUUCGGCCAGGAGCUUCCCCUCCCACCACCCGCGGUGAUACUGGACGACUCCCUGGCCUACGACUCGGUCAAGUACACCCUGGUGGUGGACGAGAACACCCAGCUGGAGCUGGUCAGCCUCCGGCGAUGCACUUCAGUGCUGAGCGAUGACAGCGAGCUGUUCCGUGCCUGCGAUGCCACCGACCCGGAGGAUGCUGGAAGUGACUUUGGGGAAGGGCUGGGGGCUCCUGACGGGUGCAGCUCCUCCUCAGAGGACUCCUCCCCGGAGGCCGACCUCCACUUCUCCAAGAAGUUCCUGAACGUCUUUGUCAACAGCACCUCGCGCUCCUCCAGCACCGAGUCCUUCGGUCUCUUCUCUUGCAUGGUGAACGGAGAGGAGCGAGAACAGACGCACCGAGCCGUGUUCAGGUUCAUCCCUCGCCACGAAGACGAGCUGGAGCUGGACGUGGACGACCCCAUCCUGGUGGAGCUGGAAGAGGACGACUACUGGUACCGGGGCUACAACAUGCGCACGGGGGAGCGUGGCAUUUUCCCGGCCUUCUAUGCCCAUGAGGUGGUGAGCCAGGCCAGGGACGUGGCAGGGCUGAAGCGGAACCCCUGCUGGGUGGAGCACUUCAAUGUGCAGUUCCUGGGCUCGGUGGAGGUGCCCUACCACCAGGGCAACGGCAUCCUGUGCGCGGCCAUGCAGAAGAUUGCUACCACCCGGAAGCUGACCGUCCACCUGAGGCCUCCGUCCACCUGUGACCUGGAAAUCAGCCUGCAAGGCAUCAACCGCGUCCAGACCGCCAACGAAUACAGACAGGACGAGGAG